UAUAAAGUUGUGGCUGCUUUAAUGCUGACAAAGCUAGAGCUUGCCCGAUUUGGCUAGCAUAAGUGGCGUCGUGCCAGGAUCACGUAAGCUUUCUGUCGCCGCUUUUGCCUGUACUGAAGGGGAGCGGCUCUUUUCUUAACGCAGCGUUGUGUAUAAAAAGGCUGGGGAAGCGGUUGUGUGCGCGCAAUGCUCUGGAACCAUUAGCCAGGCUGAGCGUAGAGAAACAAGGCUGAGCCACUGGGCAUGAGCCCUUUCCUUUCCCCCGGGAGCCUUCUUGUUGCCGUGUGGUGAUGCUCGGGGUGUGUCGCCUUUAUAGUGACCCUGGGCUGUCUUUGGCCCUCAAAAACAAAAGAGAAUCCCCCCUUUUUUGCCGUAAUUUUUAAUAUACCCAACUCCAAAAUGGUCAGAGGCAAAACGAGAGAAUGAAAACUGACAAGGAAGAAGAAGAAGAAGAAGAAAAAGAGUACAAGAUCUUAGGUUGCUGGUCGUAAAUGCAGCAAUAAAACAGUUGCCUCCUCUCAGUAACCCCGUCUCUCCAAACCAAUAGCCUGCUCUGUUAACUUUGUUUUUUAGCACCAGUUGAGUAGUACGGAGUAUCCUUCACAGACAACUAUUUUUCAGCAGUAGAAUAAACCUGGUCGUAGUUGCCGGCGCGUGGCGGACGGGUGCGAGGAGAUCGUAUGAUAUUACUGUGAGGCUGGUGGCAUAGCGCUGCUCUUUACGGUGGCGAGGUAUGCGCUGACACGAAGAACAAGACAAGCAAUGUACAAGAAGAGGCCACCAAGGAAGGCAGCGCUGAACGAACCGACCUCUGGAUAAGUUAGAGGUAGUUGGCGAUGCAGAGGAGGUUGGAGUUGAGGUUGAGAAAAAAGGGCGACGUUCAGGGUUUUGGCCUUCUCUUAGGCGUUUCGUUGCUUAUGUGAUCUCCCGAUCACCUGAUGCCCUCGCGGGCCGUCGUUUAUCCAGUAUCACGUGUGUGUCUCUUACGUCAGCCAUGUGUGUGUGAGCUUCACCACCUUGUUAAGAAGCAAGAGUAGAGCCGCGAUAGCAUCACAUCACUGGAACCAUUCACGGGUUAUAUAUUACGGGCGCAGCGACGGCGCAGAACUGGUUGAUAGGUACAGUAUACUGGCUUGACUAAACUUGCAUGGACAAAGCCCUAGUCAAGUAAGAUUUGUUUCUGCGUCACCAAACAAACUAGAUGCUACGAUGGCAUCUAGCCCUCUCUCCCUCCGGCAGCGGCAGAUCGCUUCAAUUGAACACAUUUUAAAUUUGAACCAUGAAAUUCCUCCUCAAAACGAGCUUCAGGGGGACUCGGCAGCAGGCAAAAACGGUCUCAUACCUCGAGCUGCCCCCCUACUGAAUGAGGAUGGCGACCCAGUGUGGAAGAUACUUGUCUUUGAUAAUCUCGGGCGCGAUGUCAUUAGCAGUGUUCUUCGAGUUAAUGAUCUUCGAAGCUGGGGAGUUACAAUCCAUCUGUACGUGCUUGUUGCCCCCAUAUUCCACUUGGUGGCCAUGGCUGACCACCAAAUAGUAAUCUAAACUCACGGCGCUACCCUAUUCCAGAUGUGCCGGUUAUAUACUUGGUUGAGCCAACUAUUGAAAACAUCAAAAUGAUCACCUCCGACCUAUCUAAGGGCCUCUACUCCCCCGCAUACGUGAACUUCCUCUCCUCCGUUCCCCGACCUAUUCUCGAAGACUUUGCUGCAGAAAUUGCCGCUACUGGAACAGCAGACAAGGUAGCCCAGAUUUAUGAUCAGUAUUUAAAUUUUACCGUUGCAGAACCGGAGCUAUUCAGCUUAGGCAUGGGGAAGGAUACAUACUGGAAAAUCAACAGCGCAACAACCAAGGAUGAAGAGCUGGAUGUCGUUGUGGACAGAAUCGUUAGCGGUCUGUUUAGUGUCAGUGUCACAAUGGGUAGGUUUAUGUCUAACUCAAGAUGCGGCAGAAGCUGUUACUAACGUUCUACUAUCCAGGAUCGAUACCCAUUAUCAGAUGCCCAAAGGGUGGUGCCGCUGAGCUUAUAGCCGCAAAACUUGAUCGCAAGCUUCGAGAUCAUAUAUUAAAUUCGAAAGACAACUUAUUUUCUGGUGGCUCUCAACGACAGGGUACUGCAUUACCCUCUAGCAGGCCUGUUCUGAUAAUAGUUGAUCGAAAUGUUGACCUUGUCCCAAUGCUUUCUCAUUCGUGGACGUACCAGUCGCUCAUUCACGAUGUUUUGAAGAUGCAUCUGAACCGUAUAACAGUACAGUCGCCUAUCGACGAGUCUGAUCUAAGCAAAGGGAUGACGACUAAGUCUUAUGAUUUGAAUGUGAAUGACUUCUUCUGGAACCGAAAUGCAGGGGUACCCUUCCCACAGGUUGCGGAAGAUAUUGAUGCAGAAUUGACUCGAUAUAAAGACGAUGCAAACGAGAUCACGAAGAAGACGGGGGCAUCGUCCAUUGAGGACCUCAAUAUUGAUGCGGGUGCAUCUGCCCAGCACCUGAAGACUGCCAUUACACUUCUACCUGAACUACGUGAGCGGAAAGCACUCCUUGAUAUGCAUAUGAAUAUCGCCACCGCCUUGCUCAAAGGGAUCAAAGACCGCCAACUCGACAACUUCUUUCAGCUUGAAGAAAACAUCAACAAGCAAAACAAAACGCAGAUGCUAGAGAUAAUAUCAGAUACUGAGCGUGGAAAUAACCCAGUCGAUAAAUUAAGGUUAUUUAUCAUCUGGUUCUUGAGCACAGAGUCAGAUCUGUCUCGUGCUGAACUUAACCGUUUUGAAGAAGCGUUGAAGCAGGCAGGUUGCACUGAUAUCAGCCCCAUAGCGUACGUGAAACGCGUACGAGAAAUCACUAGAAUGACCAUGAUGUCAACGUCGACAUCGACCGCACCCCAGCAGCCCUCCUCUGACCUUUUCCGUGGCUUUUCCUCUCUCUCCAACCGGCUGACGGACCGCAUUACAGCUGGCGCCUUAGGCGCGAACUUUGACUCCCUUAUUUCAGGCGUCAAGAACUUUCUUCCAGCCAACAAAGAUCUUACCAUUACGAAGAUUACCGAAUCGAUCAUGGACCCAUCAGCGGCAUCCAGCUCAACCAUUGCACUCACAGAGAAUUACCUAUACUUUGACCCACGGAGCGCCAAUGCCCGUGGCGCCAUGCCUCCAUCAAUUGCAUCCACUCGCAACGCCCAGUCUGGUGGAUCUGCAACAAGCGGAACAAAUGCCACGUUUGGCCAAAGACGUCAGGCGUUCAACGAAGGUAUCGUUUUCACUGUCGGCGGUGGCAGCAUGGACGAGUAUGGUAAUUUGCAGGACUGGGUACAUCGGACCGGUGGCGGACAAGCCGGUGCGGGAAUCUCUGUCGGAGGAAGCGGAAUGAACGCUGGUGCUGGUGGCACGGCCCAUUCUUCUGCCCUUGGUUUGGGCAGAAGAGUGGUGUAUGGCAGUACCGAAUUGUUGAAUGCGGAUGACUUUUUGACAGAAGCUCUUGGGAAACUCGGACACGAGAGUUGAUGAAGUGAUAGGGUGGAAAUCAAUAAGCUCACACAGCCUUAACGAUAAUAGUAAAUAUAGUUCUAUCAGCCGAGUUUGCAGGUCAUCCACGCCAAUUACCCCUUUUUCUUUUAUCGUAAGGCAGGUAGUUGCUGUAGAGCAAAGAUUUCUAGGUAAC